AUGGCCUUGAGAACUGCUGGUAGCCUUAUUAAAGGUUCUUUCGCUCGUGCUCCACAAACUGCGGUUUCAUCAAACAAUUUAGUUCAAAAAAGAUCAAAUUAUAAAUAUGUUGGUAUGCCCCAAGAAACCGAUGGGUCCUUUUCCGGGGAUUUAAACUACGGGCUUAACACUAUGUUCUUCACUGAGCUCUUUAGAGGAUUUGGUGUAAUGCUUGGUCACGUUUUCAUGGAGCCUGCUACUAUCAACUAUCCUUUUGAAAAAGGACCAUUGAGUUCCCGUUUCCGUGGAGAGCACGCUUUGAGACGUUAUCCUUCUGGAGAAGAGCGUUGCAUCGCUUGUAAACUAUGCGAGGCUAUUUGCCCAGCUCAGGCUAUUACCAUCGAAGCCGAAACUCGCCCAGAUGGUAGCAGACGUACAACUAGAUACGAUAUUGACAUGACUAAAUGUAUCUACUGUGGUUUGUGUCAAGAAGCUUGUCCUGUUGAUGCUAUCGUUGAAGGACCUAACUUUGAAUACUCUACCGAAACUCACGAAGAGCUUCUUUACAACAAGGAAAAGCUUCUCCUUAAUGGUGAUCGAUGGGAGCCUGAGUUAGCUGCUAAUCUCCAAGCCGAAUAUUUGUAUCGUUAG